AUCAGAGCAGUCGGUGAGUGAGCCGGUGUGAUGUGAUUGGCCGGCUCGGAGACGCGAGGCAUGGCAGGAGCCCGCAGCGGUCAGAGCAGCGCUGUUCGCCGGAGCGAAGUGAACUUUCCUGCGGACUCCCGGAGGCGCCUCUCCCCGCCCGUGCACUCAGGUUCCGCGGCUGCAUACUAACCACGCUGCUCAGCAUGACCACCGCGGCGCGCACUCAGGAGCUCUUCCGGCGCGCGGACGCCGUGUGCUUGGACGUGGACAGCACCGUGAUCCGCGAGGAGGGCAUCGACGAGCUCGCCAAGUUCUGCGGCGUCGGGGACGCGGUCACGGAGAUGACCCGGAACGCGAUGGGCGGCUCCGUGUCCUUCCAGAAGGCCCUGAGUGACCGUCUGUCCAUCAUCAGGUGCUCGAGGGAGCAGGUCAACAAGCUGAUCACUGACCACCCGCCUCAGCUCACCCCGGGGGUCAAGGAGCUGGUGGAGAAGCUUCAUCAGCGCAGCGUGAAGGUGUUCCUCGUCUCCGGCGGCUUCCGCUGCAUCGUUGAACACGUGGCGUCGCAGCUCAACAUCCCUCUGCAUCACGUCUACGCAAACCGCCUCAAGUUCUUCUUCAACGGAGAGUACGCCGGCUUCGACGAGUCCCAGCCCACGGCACAGUCCGGAGGGAAGGGCCGGGUCAUCAGCAUGCUGAAGGAGGAGUACGGCUUCGGGAACAUCGUGAUGAUUGGAGACGGAGCCACGGACCUGGAGGCCUGUCCUCCUGCGAGUGCGUUCAUCGGGUUCGGGGGGAACGUGGUGCGGCAGCAGGUGAAGGAGAAGUCCUCGUGGUACGUCACCAGCUUCGGCGAGCUGCUCAAGGAGCUGGAGAAGAUCUAGUGAUCACCGCAUGCUCUAUAAUCAUGCACUAGCUUUGUGCCUUUCCUAGUUUACCUAACGCACAGUUUUUAAUGGUCGUAUGUUUUUAGAGUUUAUUAUUAAAUGAUUGUUUACUUAGAAGAUAAUGCACAGUGUGGUGUACUGUACAGUCAGCAUUUUAACUGAUGAAACUGACUCACGUUUGGAUGUCAGACUUCGAGAGAACACUAUGUCGUACCUUGAUAAUGAAUCUUUUUAUGCUAACAACUGUAUCCUUCAGUAUGCACAUUUAAAAAAGAGUGUUUUUAAUAUCGGUCAAGAGAGAAUAAACAGAAGUAACAGCU